AUGGAGCCAAGAUCAUGCUUGUGGGCACGAAGGAUUUCAGAGCUGAUAAGGGCCUUAUUAGAUUGUGGAAGGUACCAAGUAUAUAGAUUGGCCGAAGGCAAAUUGAAGAAAUUGUGUCUUAAGGAAAAUGAUUUGUCAGAUGAAUCCAUUAGCUGGCGAGGAAUCACAAGUCUGAAGCUUCUACAAGUUCUACAUUUAAGCCAAAACUGUUUGAACACUUUACCUUCGACGCUGGGUCUUUUGACUUCUCUGCAGCGGCUAGAUGUUGCAGACAACCUCUUAACUGCCCUCCCAAUUGAAAUAGGAAAUCUGACUGAGCUUGAAGAUUUGAAUGUCAAAAAUAAUAGGAUUAGUUCCAUUCCUUCAAGUAUAGGCAACUGUACUUCUCUUGUCGAGGUGGAUCUUUCAUCAAAUCUUCUGUCUGAGUUGCCAGAUGAAUUUUGCAGUUUUCAUAACCUAAAGGCUUUGCACAUCAGAAACAAUGCUAUAAAAAGCCUCCCAAAUUCAUUAUUCAGGAUGUGCUCCCGGCUAUCAACUUUGGAUGUUCAUGAUACAGAAAUCACUAUGGAUACCCUAUUGCAGUUUGAAGGAUGGGAAGAUUUUGAGGAGCGUCGUCGCGCAGAGCGUCAGGAGCAAAGAGCUUUCGAAGUUUUUAAGUCAGCUGAAUUUGUUGAAUUGGCUGAUGUUAUAUUGAGUGAUCUGUUUUCGGAUACAGAUGGCACUAGUGCCAGUUAG